AUGAACCAAUUCCAAGGUCAAUAUCCAAAUCCUGGAAUGAAUCUACCGCCGUCUCAAAAUAAUGGACCAGUUCCACAAUCGUACCAAGGAGAUAAUAAUCAUCAGCAAUCAUUAUCUGCUUCAUUUGGGCAGAUGAAUUUACAAGGACAACAACCUCAAAAUUCUAUACCAUCUCCACCACAGAUGAAUCAAUUUAAUCAAAAUGUACCAUUUACAAAUAAUCAACCUGAUUUUAACAAUAAACAAAUGAGUGGACAACAGCUAAAUAAACCACCAACAAUGUUUCAAGGAAUGCCACCUUCUAAUUCACCAUUCUCAAAUCCUUCACAGGUACCUUUUAAAGGUUUUCAAAAUUCAGGAAAUAAUAUGGAUUUUAAUGAACAAAAACCACCAUUUGGAGGUAAUCAAUUGCCAACAGGUCAAGAAAUGCAAAAUUAUAAUAAUCAGAUUCAACAAAAUUUAAAUAAUGGACCACCAAUUUUAACGAAUAAUCCUCCAAGUAAUGCUAAACCUGUCUUUCCAAUACAACCUAAAUUUGGAAAUAUGCCAAUGAUGCCACCAGGUAUUCAACAACAAAAUCUUGGACCAAAUCAACCACCAGGUAAUCUAAAUAUGAAUACACAAGAUAAUGCUCCACCAAUGGGUAUGCAUGAAACAUCAUUUGGAGGGCAACAACAAUCAGAAGGAUUAUCACAAAUGGGAAUGGCAGGACAAUUUGGUGGUAAACCGCCAUCUAUGCCACCGAUGGAAGGACAAAAUUCUAUAUCUGGACCACCAUCCACAAUUCAAUCUGGAAUACCAGGACAACAAAGAUUAUCAGGGCCACCAACAACUAUAAAUCAAGGAAUACCAGGACCAGUUCCAACUGGUUUACCAGGAACAUCAGGAGAACCUCAAAUGGGACAACAAGGUUCAUUACAAAUGGGAAUGCCAGGAGGUUCACAAAUGCUACAACAGGGUCCACCACAAAUGGGAGUACCAGGAGGGUCUCAAAUGUCACAAGCAGGUCCACCAUCAAUGGGAAUGCCAAAUCAACCACCAAUGGGACCACCAGGUGGACCACAAAUGGGAAUGCCAAAUCAACCACCAAUGGGAGCACCAGGAGGACCUCAAAUAGGAAUGUCAAAUCAACCACAAAUGGGACCACCAGGAGGACCACAAAUGGGAAUGCCAAAUCAACCACCAAUGGGAGCACCAGGAGGACUUCAAAUGGGAAUGCCAAAUCAAUCACCAAUGGGUCCACCAGGAGGACCUCAAAUGGGUAUGCAAAGUCAACCACCAAUGGGAAUGCCAGGUCAACCACCAAUGGGAAUGCCAGGACAACCACCAAUGGGAAUGUCAGGCGGACCUCAAAUGGGAAUUCCAGGAGGAGCACAAAUGGGAAUGCCAGGUCAACAAUUAAUGGGAAUGCCAGGACCACCAGGUAUGAUGGAUUCAAUGCAACAAAAACAACAAAGACUUGAUCCAGAACAAAUGCCAAGUGCUGUUCAAGUUCGUGAAGAUGAUAAAAUUGCUAAAACUGGACCAUUUCCAACUGGUUAUCCAACUGCAGAAUUACCACCACUUGUAACAACAGACUACAUUGCACAAGAUCAAGGAAAUUCAAGUCCACGUUUUAUACGUUCAACAAUUUAUGCUGUUCCUCAAACAAAUGAUAUGUUAAAAGUUUCACAUGUACCAUUUGUUGUUUCUUGUACACCAUUUGCUAAACCAAUGUCAAAUGAAUAUAUACCACCAAUAGUUAAUCUUGGUGAACUUGGUCCAGUUAGAUGUCAAAGAUGUAAAGCAUACAUGUGUCCAUUUAUGCAAUUUAUUGAUGGUGGUAGGAAGUUUAAAUGUCCAUUUUGUGAAGCCUCAACUCCUGUUGUUGAUGAAUAUUUUGCUCACUUAGAUCAUACAGGAAGAAGAACAGAUAUUGCACAUCGUCCAGAGUUUUGUCUUGGUUCAUAUGAAUUUGUUGCAACAACCUCAUAUUGCAAAAAUAAAGUGUUACCAAAAGAACCUGCCUUUAUAUUUAUGUUAGAUGUUUCUUAUAAUGCAAUUAAAAGUGGUCUUGUUAGAACAUUUUGUUCAAAUUUAAAAAAUUUUUUAUCAAUGUUACCUAAAGAAUCAUAUCAAGAGAAGUCAACACUUCGUGUUGGUCUUGUUACCUAUGAUCAUACAUUACAUUUUUAUAAUUUAUCUUCUAAAGCUAAAAAAACUGAAAUGACAAUUGUAAGUGAUCUUGAAGAUGUCUUUGUACCAUUUGUUGAUGGUUUUUUGGUUGAUGCAUCAGAAGCUGAAGAAAGUAUUCAAAAAGUUUUAGAUGAAAUACCAAAAUUAUUUGGUAAUACAAAAAUAACUGAUACUUGUUUAGGACCUGUUGUUCAAGCUGGUUUAGAUGCUUUGAAAUCAUCUGAUAGAAGUGGAAAGAUUUUUGUCUUCCAUACUUCUUUACCAACAUUAGAAGCUCCAGGUAAAUUAGUUAAUCGUGAAGAUAGAAAAGUUUUAGGUGGAGAAAAAGAAAAAGCUGUAUUAAGUCCUAAUGGUGAUUUUUAUACAAAAUUAGGUGAAGAAUGCACAAAGAAUGGUGUAUGUGUUGAUUUAUUCCUUUUCCCAAAUGCUUUUAUUGAUGUUGCUUCAAUGGCACCAUUAGUUUCAAUUUCUGGAGGACAUUUAUAUAAAUAUCAAUAUUUUGAUGCAUCAAAAGAUAGUGAAAACUUUUUAAUAGAUUUUAAGAAUGCUAUUAGUCGUGAGACAGCAUUUGAUGCUAUCAUGAGAAUAAGAACAUCAACUGGUUUACGUGCUACCACAUUUUAUGGACAUUUCUUGAUGCAAAAUUCAACUGAUAUGGAAUUUGGUGCUAUUGAUUCAAAUAAACAAGUUAUGGCUGAAAUAAAGUAUGAUGAUAAAUUACCUCCAAAUGAACCAUGUUAUAUACAGGCAGCUAUUUUAUAUACAAGUUGUUCAGGACAAAGAAGACUUCGUAUUCAUAAUUUAUCUCUUACAACAACUAUUGAUUUUUCAAUAAUUUAUAAAGCUAUUGAAGCUGAUACUUUUGUCGCAUAUCUUUAUAAAAAUGCUGAACGUAUUGUUAAAGAAAAAAUUCCAAAAGACAUGAAAGAACAAACAAUUAAUUUAUGUGCACAUGUUUUGGCAACUUACCGUGAUAAAUGCUCUGAUAAUCCACCAAUUGGUCAAUUAAUUUUACCUGAAUGUCUUAGACUUUUACCAUUAUAUUUAGGUAGUAUUAUUAAAAAUGAUGGUUUAGCAGGUGGAGCUGAUUUAACUGUUGAUAAUAGAGCAUGGCUUAUGCAAUUAAUUCCUGGUAUGAGAACAGAAGAAAUUAUGAGAAUUUUGUAUCCACGAAUUAUUCCAGUUACAGGAGUUAGUGUAGAAAAUGAUAAUGAUGAAUUUUUCAUGCCAAGUGAAAUUAGAGCCUCAUAUGAAUAUUUGAAGAAAGAAGAAGCUUAUUUAAUAGAAAAUGGUGUUAAUAUAUUUUUGUGGAUUGGACAACAAGUUUCUAAUGAAUGGAUUCAAGCUAUAUUUAAUGUUCCAAAUAUUCAACAAGUUGAUAAUGAAACUCAUACUAUUCCUGAACGUGACAAUCCUCAAUCUCGUGGUCUUCGUAAGGUAGCAAAAAUAAUUACAAAUGAAAUUCUUCGCCAUACUAAAAUUACAAUCAUCCGCCAAACGGAUCCUCUUGAAGCAUGGAUGAAGAGAUUUUUAGUUGAAGAUCGUUAUGCAGGUCAAGGUGGUUCAUACGUUGACUCAUUAUGUACUCUUCAUCGCGAAAUUCGUUCCAUCUUGUCAUAA